GAAAAGAGAGGAGAAGAGAAAAGGAGGAAAAGAGAGGAGAAGAGAAAAGGAGGAAAAGAGAGGAGAAGAAGGAGAAGAGAAAAGGAGGAAAGAGAGGAGAAGAGAAAAGGAGGAAAGAGAGGAGAAGAGAAAAGGAGGAAAGAGAGGAGAAGAGAAAAGGAGGAAAGAGAGGAGAAGAGAAAAGGAGGAAAGAGAGGAGAAGAGAAAAGGAGGAAAGAGAGGAGAAGAGAAAAGGAGGAAAGAGAGGAGAAGAGAAAAGGAGGAAAGAGAGGAGAAGAGAAAAGGAGGAAAGAGAGGAGAAGAGAAAAGGAGGAAAGAGAGGAGAAGAGAAAAGGAGGAAAGAGAGGAGAAGAGAAAAGGAGGAAAGAGAGGAGAGGAGAAAAGGAGAAAAGGAGGAAAGAGAGGAGAGGAGAAAAGGAGGAAAGAGAGGAGAGGAGAAAAGGAGGAAAGAGAGGAGAGGAGAAAAGGAGGAAAGAGAGGAGAGGAGAAAAGGAGGAAAGAGAGGAGAGGAGAAAAGGAGGAAAGAGAGGAGAGGAGAAAAGGAGGAAAGAGAGGAGAGGAGAAAAGGAGGAAAGAGAGGAGAGGAGAAAAGGAGGAAAGAGAGGAGAGGAGAAAAGGAGGAAAGAGAGGAGAGGAGAAAAGGAGGAAAGAGAGGAGAGGAGAAAAGGAGGAAAGAGAGGAGAGGAGAAAAGGAGGAAAGAGAGGAGAGGAGAAAAGGAGGAAAGAGAGGAGAGGAGAAAAGGAGGAAAGAGAGGAGAGGAGAAGAGGAGGAAAGAGAGGAGAGGAGAAGAGGAGGAAAGAGAGGAGAGGAGAAGAGGAGGAAAGAGAGGAGAGGAGAAAAGGAGGAAAGAGAGGAGAGGAGAAAAGGAGGAAAGAGAGGAGAAAAGGAGGAAAGAGAAAAAAAGAGAGGAGAAAAGGAGGAAAGAGAAAAAAAGAGAGGAGAAAAGGAGGAAAGAGAAAAAAAGAGAGGAGAAAAGGAGGAAAGAGAAAAAAAGAGAGGAGAAAAGGAGGAAAGAGAAAAAAAGAGAGGAGAAAAGGAGGAAAGAGAAAAAAGAGGAGAAAAGGAGGAAAUAGAAAAAAGAGAAGAGGAAAGGAGGAAAUAGAAAAAAGAGAAGAGGAAAGGAGGAAAGAGAAAAAAGAGAAGAGGAAAGAGAGAAAAAAGAGAAGAGGAAAGAGAGAAAAAAGAGAAGAGGAAAGAGAGAAAAAAGAGAAGAGGAAAGAGAGAAAAAAGAGAAGAGGAAAGAGAGAAAAAAGAGAAGAGGAAAGAGAGAAAAAAGAGAAGAGGAAAGAGAGAAAAAAGAGAAGAGGAAAGAGAGAAAAAAGAGAAGAGGAAAGAGAGAAAAAAGAGAAGAGGAAAGAGAGAAAAAAGAGAAGAGGGGAUUAGAUUAG